AUGGUGGCGGCGACUGAAUUUGUCAAUCUCCCAUGCUUCGAAGACGGCGAUGUCAAUCUCUCCAGCUUCGAUGACGGCGACGACUGGAUUUGUCAACAUCGAGCAUCGAUGGAAAUUGAGAUAUGGGUGGUCAACGCCUUCUCCCCGUCACCGAUCCAGCCUUGUUUUCUGCGUGCUGUGCUAAAUGAGAUAGGGAUAGGGGGAUAUGGGUGGUAG